AUGAACAAAAAACCGAACAUCGACAUACUCAAGGAGCCGAAAGGAUUUAUAAAAGGCAUCGAGCUUGUAAGUUUAUCGCACAUCCAUGUUGUUUUGUAUCUUGUUUUUUAGUUUUUUUGGCUCUGAUCGCGGUGAAUACAGCUUAGCUGAUAACAUUUCUGCUGCAUGAAAGCUGCUACAAAAAAUCACGAUGUGUGAAUAACAUCCUUUUUGCGUGUAAGCUUUUUUGCUUUACUGAUAUCGAAUCUACAUCCCCUAAUUUUUCUUUAUUUUUAUAAUCGCUAGUAAUAAAGUUUUCACCCUAAACGAAUAACAUUGUGAUUGCAUGCACAGCUAGUUAACAGUGCGUUUAAUCCAUACGUGAGAAAAAUAUGUCAAAUAACUUAAUUUAUAAUCGGUCUUUAUAUAUGCAUUUCUUCGAAAACAGUCUAAUAUAUAUUUGGCUAUAUCAGACUGCUUCAGUUAUAGAGGCAAUCCCUUUGUGAACUGAGAUCUAGCAUUCCCUGCUGUACUACUGUAGGCCUAAAAAUAUUACUUUGUAACAGAUAAUAUAAACGUAACAGAACAGAUGAUUUUUGUAAUUUAAGCCUACGUAAGUUUCUAUUUAAAGCAGUGAUUUGAUUUGGUUAAAUACUUUGGCCCUGUUCAAAUUAAGCAGGUUAAGAUAUCAUUCAUCAAUAUGGUACAUGUAUCAUAAGUUCAAAGACAACUAUAAAAACGUGUGACCUUUCUUUAAAUUAUUUUAUUAUUCAUUCAAAAUAUUUCCCUGAUUCUGAUUGGCUAAAAGCACACGUUUAAUUCACCAUAACCAGUUACUGAUGACCAAAUUUGGAGGAAUUUUGUUUUAGCAAGGAAAUGACGUCAAAAACGCAGCGUUCUUGCAGGUUAAUGCACCAUUAACCGAGAAGACCUGGGGAUGAGGUUGAGUUGUUUUGGUUGUGAACUUGAAAAAUGGCGGACAUUUCACUCGUUUCAAGAGUAAGAACUAGGCAAAAAAAUAGCUAAAAACAUGACAAGAACAGCAAGAAGACAACUCGAAGGGCAACAUCUGCUAUUUGGAGAAUAUUUGCGGAGCUGAACAACCCUAAACGUGCACUAUCGAAGGUGAACAUAAUAUCGAUGUAGGUAAGCAUGUUUUAGCCAUGUUUUUAAACUAGGAAUUAUUUUGAAUGAACAAUAAAAAAAUUAUUCAAUUUGGCUUUCGUAUUAUGAAAAAUUAUGGAGAUCUCGGAGAGUGUCAUCCGCCUCGGCCUAUGGCCCCGACGGAUAACACCCUCCAAGAUCUCCAUAAUUCUUCAUAAGAUACUCAGCCUCAUUCAUUUAUUGUUAAAUAAUUGCCAGCCGGACAGGGCUGAAUAACGCACUACGCAUGUCAGUGACAUCACUUAUUUACUUGUCUAGCCCAUGCACGAAGCAUUCGUGCAAAGUGAAAUUCUUGCAUCUGAGACCAUUUUAUCUGAGACCAUCUGUUAUCAUAUUUGUGAAUGCCAACAAAGGAGAAAUUCUACAAAUGCGUUAGAAAUACAACUCAUGGAAAGAAAUGUUAUGUAAUCUAGGGACCGAGGAAAGUGUACGUAAUGUAAUUUUUGCAUUUUUGUCAGGUUAUCACCAUCUUUGCGUUUGCAACAGUAGCAGGCGCUCUUGGUCAUUUAGAGUUUUUGGUCAAUUGCAGUGGUGGCAAUCCACCAACACGUCAAGUCAACGCAGAUUUCUCUUACCCAUUUAAGAGUAUGCGUGUAUAUGCAUCAACUAAGACGCCUUGUACAAAUGAGACAGGAAUUGCCACCAAAGAAACAUUACCCCUUGGUUACAAAUCUGAAGCAGAGUACUUUGUCUUCACUGGUGUGGUCUCCAUGAUCUUUGUGCUAGUUGCAGCAACUUAUUAUCUGUUUUUUGAAGACCGUGCCAAGGAUGCAACCGCAACUGAUAUUGGUCUUCUUUCUUUCCCAGUUGUGGUGAGACUUAAGUUGUUGUUGUUUUCCAAUGUGGGAGUGAGGAGUGCUCUUGUUGAUAAAUGACUCUGAUACUUCUCAUAACUUUUUGACAGGGUGCAAAGAAAGUCAGUUUUACAGCUUGCCAUUUGGGCAAACUGAAGCUAGCAUUUACAAGGCCAAAUGCCAUUUCAACUAUCCCCAAAAACCUUUUGAUGAGCAGAAUUAAUUUCACCGUUGUUCUGUAAUUUGAAUUCCUCAAAAAACUUCUCUUGCCCAUCGCACAAGUUAAGAAUAGAGUUAUACAUUAGCUUGAUAAUAAAAUUUAGGCUAUCAGACACUAAAUUUCUUUGCACACUGUUUUGAGUGUAAAAUUUGUAGAUUGAUUGGUACGACUUAGUUGAUACUAACAACUAAAAUGAUCCUAGUUGAGUUACUGUGGUAUGAUUUUGAAACGAAUAGGGAACUAUUUGUGCAGUUGACAUUUUUUAACAUAUACUGAUAAGCAUCCCCCCACCCAAUGUUUUUGUUCUGGAGUCCUCAUAGACUUUUGCUCUUCAUUCUUUCCCAAAAACAAAAGUCAGUCAAAUGGUUUGGCAGAAAAAGUGCCAUAGUGACAAUAUGACUCUCAACAGACUUAAUGAAUAACUUGUAGUUCAUUUUGAAUCUCUCUCGGACCUGAUUGGCCAAACAAACAAUAGAUUUUGCAACAAGCCUAUCAAGGCACAUACUCAAAUCCUGUUACACAGUUGGGGAAUCAGGAAAAGGAUCUUAGCACUGACUCAGACAGACCUAACGAGAGGUGUAGUCUAUUCUGUAGUGCAGUAGUGAAUAUUAGAAAAGAGCUACUUGUUGUAGCCCUGGAACUGCCAAGUAGAGUAGCUGCUUAACUCAUGUGUAACUUAAGAUACGGUAAUUAGGCAACAAAAGCAUGCAACUUGUUUUGCUACAUUGCUGAAAAUGUGUUGAAAAGCUGUGUUAUGCGUUUUACCACCCACAUUCAAACCUGUCUUGCGACAAGUAAAGGAUGCUGCAAGUUGUGUGAAUACUGCAGGCUUCUGAUUGAUAAAAUUACAAAGGAAUCAUGCCAUGUAAAGGAGUUACAUCACUUGCUGCAAAACAAGUUUGCCUUGGGCCAAGGUAAAACAUGCAACAUUUACAGAUUUUGUUGCAAAAAGUGGAACUAUUCUCUACUUUUUGCAAAAACUUUUAGCAACCUGCAGCAACCUGAUUUGUUGCCAGACAGGUUGAAUGUGAGUAGUAAAACAUGCAACAUUGCUUUUUAACUUGUUUUGCAGUAAUGUCACAAAACAAAUUGCAUGUUUUUGUUUACUAUACCUUUACUAAAGGUGACUUUUGCCUACAGACUUUUUGCUUACAGACUAUUCUUUCACCAAGAAGCUGCAGGCUAAGCCCUCUAACUAUGGGUGACAAAAUCCCUUUUUCUUUGUCUAUAACUUAAUCAGUUAAAUUCCUACUAGUUGUGAAUUUUUUGCCUUCCCUCUUAUUGUGUUACUUAGGUUGCUUAUCAAAAGUCAGAACUUGCCAGCCAGACCAAUCAUUUUGAAUUAGAAAUAACUUAAAUGUGGCUAAAUAUAAUUUAGGCGAGGGUAAACUCAAGAUAAUGCUGGCCAGUGGUCCAAAAAUGAGCAUUUCGGGGGAAAUUGUCUCUGAGAUCGUAGCCCAGUUAUGCUUAGAAAACUCCAUACAAACCUUUGUACAGCAUAGUAAACAGUACCACAGGAAAGUACUGCUCAGUAGCUUUUAUUGAUUUUGAAAACUCCAUACAAACCUUUCUAAAUUUUUGGGGUCGACCCCCCAAAAAAUUAGAAGGAUUUGGGUGGAGUUUUCUGAGUAUAACCGGCUAACAUCUCAGAGACAAUUUUCCCCUAAAUGCUCAUUUUUGGCAAGUAGGCCUCUUGGACAUUGUUCUUUCAGAAUAUCCUUACAAAUUCCAUAAUUUCAGAAAGUUCAUUUUUAUGACAUCAUCACUUUAACCCUGUAUUCUGUUAUUUCUUGAUUUAGGAUUUUGUUUUCACUAUUGUACUUGUGAUCUUCUGGUUCACCAGUUCUAUUGCUUGGGCCUCUGGUUUGUCUGGCCUGAAAAAGGCUACCAGUGAAGAUGCUAUUUUUAAAGCCUAUGAGCCAUGUCAUGCCGAUUAUCCACAUACUAAUGGUUGCGGCUCAUUUGAUGGUGCUAGGUAUGGUGCUGCUACAGUUGCAGUGGUAGGUGAUCACCUGUAAAUCAGGGCUUGAAAAAAGUCCCAUUGGUUCUCUGGGACAAGUAGAUUUUCUUGCUGGGACAAGUAACUUUUAAAGUUCACUUGUCCAGUGGGGAAGGGUCCAGGCAGGUCAUCCUCCAACAAAAUCAUCAACUAGGAUGAGUAAGAAGCAGGGUUGGAGCUAGGAUUUGAUCGCUGGGGGACAAUUUGUCCCCUUGGUGAAAAUUUUGGGGGACAUUUUUGUUUUUAGGGGGACAGACAAAUUAAUUUUUAUUCAACAUUUUUUUUACUUUCAUACAGGCAAGCCAACAAAAACAUUUUUUUUUUACCUGAUCCUUGUAAUACAAGAAAAGUGAUACAAACAAGGAAAGUUAAGUUACUGGUGUCAAGACUUUUUUUUUCCUCAUCAUAUUUAAACAGAGGAUCAAUGACUAUGCUUUAUACUUCAAAAUAUUUCACAGCAGAAUCUCUUCCCGGCAACCCCUUGUAAACUUCAAUUCCUUUCUUAAUUACUGGUAGACAUACGCCUCCUUUCCAUCACGCAACCAUGUGUGAUCUCGCGACCAAGUUUUCUGGAAAGUUUGUGACUUUUUCAUUUUCAUUCGAUCCUCAUCCGUUUCUUCCUGAUUAAUACACUGUUCUUCUUCUGUAUCAUUUUUCUCUGAUCUACUCUGGCUUUGAUUUGGAGCAAAAAAGCUUUCUAUUGUUUGAAAAUGUUAUCGAUGUGACAUGUUGAAGAUCGCCAGGUGCGUUCACCAUGCUUGGUUGAGCAUUAGACGUACGUGUUCAGUAGAGCGUGACUGAAACUUGACUUUAGAAUGAACUUUAAACGUGCAAUAAAAUAUACUUUCCACGUUCUGGUUUAGCUUGCAAUUUUUGUACUAAGCUAAAUCUCUUCAUGUGUGCUUUCCUGGCCUGGCUCAAACCCUGCACAUGGCCAUCAGGUCAAACCAAACUCAUGUUGAGAAGGAAGCCAUGUCCCUUUCCUGUGUAUUGUAUUUGUGCUUUUCCUUUUUGCUGUUUCACUUUCAUCCCAUUUUUGUGCUUUUUGUCACCAUUUCAGCUGUAUUAUUUCACUGUUUCAAGGCUGGGGGGUACUCGGGAUUUCAAGUGACAGGGAUGAUCAAAGAAUGUUUUUAGGUUUGAAAUUUUCGAUGUCGGGAUUUUUUGGGGUAAGAAAAUGUUGGCAAGUAUUUUUUGGGGUAGCUUGAUUGAAGUAGGGAUUUUUGUGAGUGUUUAAAAAAUCUGAAGUUUCAUGUUACGGCGUAGUUGCCGUGUACACCCAGCCGUGUUGUUCCUUGAAUAAAGUAAAACAAAACUUGUGUUGUGACUGCUUCUGCUUUCUGGAAAUAUUUUUGGCUUGGAAAUUCGGCAUGGGAUUUUUGGGGGGUUACAUUUUGGUCCAAGGAUUUUUUGGGUUUGUUUGAAGGCCUAGGGAUUUUUUUGGGUUUUGAUUUUUGUUCCUAUUUGACCAUCCCCUUCCGGGUUUCGAGGCCAUGUCAUGUGUCAAAAUUUUACCCUUAUAAUAGUCACAUCAAGUUAUGGGCACCAAUUCAAACUCUGAGUGUUAUCUUUUAGGUGUUUGGAUUUCUCAACUUCUUUGUCUGGGCUGGAAAUCUUUGGUUCUUGUUCAAAGAAACCCCGUGGCACAGCCCCAAGAGUUCUGGAGUAAGAGGAAGUGAAGUUCCUCAGGAAGCUCCGCAUCAGGAUACUCCUCCAGCUAAUUCAGUCUGAACAAAUGGUGAGGAUUUCAUUCACUGAGUCAAAAGUUAGAAUCACCUUGUACAGCAUAAUAAACAGUACCACAGGAAAGUACUGCUCAGUAGCUUUCAUUUGAAUAGUCACACUUUAGGAUUUCAUCCACAGACUCAAAAGUUAGAACCACCUUGUACAGCGUAAUAAACAGUACCACAGGAAAGUAGUGCCCGGUAGUUUUCAUUUGAAUGGUCACACUUCGUGAUGCAGUAUCAAAAGGUCCAACCAAACUGAAUGAGUUACAAACUGUUCUUGUUCAGUGAUCCUUCAUUGACUUAUGUACCCUUUUGAUUUCUACAGGUCCAGCAUUGUUGUAGAUGGCCACAACAAUAAUUUACUGCUUUGAUAUGGAAUACAUGUAACUGUUAAUUAACCUGGGUGUUCUGUAUAAAAUGUUAAGUGCAAUACAGGCUUUUGUGAAUUUUGUGUUAUUCUCAAUGGACCAUUUUUGAGUUCUUCAAAACAGGGCUUCAUGCAAAACCUUUCUUGUGAAAAUGAGUUUUAUGUGCAUGGGAAUAAAAAAUUAUUCUCAUUUCAAUGGUUGUGCAUUUACCAGUAGCCUUGCUUUGAAGCAGAGACUUGGAGUAACUUGGAAAUGGCCUUUUUACUAUUUGAGAGGCAGUGCUCAUUGCAGCUUGCAACUCAGCUGGUCCAACAAAAAUGCUGUUAUCAUGUAUGUGAGAAUUAUCUAGUUAAAAGAUGGUGAGUUGAGCCUUUUUUAGAAUAUUUGAGCAAUGCAUUUUUCAGAAAAAAGCUCAACCCAUCUAGUAAUAUUGCUCUUUCAUGAAACAUACAGUAAACCUUUCUAAUAUUAGAAAAAAAUAUUUGUCUUCUCUGCAUACAGCCUAUUUAAUAAUGUAGUCAGUGGAAAAAUUUUUUUACCUUACUUCUCUAUCUGUGACAGGCAAAGAGUUUUGUAAAAGAAAAAACACGUUUGUGAUGUACGUAAGUUUUAAUAACGUGUGAAACAUUACCUGUGUAACAAUGCCUCCUAGACCUUAACCAUUUAGUGAUAAAUAUUUUUUUGUGUGUUCUUAGAUUUUAAGUCAGUAUAUGGCAGUUCGAAACCCAACACUAGAAUUAAAAGCUUUUCAGUAUUAUUGAAUUGUUUUACUAAGAACCACUGAAGAACGUUUGAUUUUUGCUGCAGAAUACUGCCUUGUAAUUUUAUUCCUCUUAAACUUAUCAGCUGUAGUUUUUGAGGAAAGGUUGGAAGAAGGAGUCCUGAUGCAUCCAAAGGGAUUAACUCCAAUAACUGGAGUUAUAAACAAGUGUUAGGAUUUCACGGUAACGAUCGUUUCUGGUACCGUGUCGUUACCGUGGUCGUAAAAUAACGGAACCGAAAAAUAGUUUCCCAGUGACAUUUUCAGCCUUAGGGACCAAUUUACAGAAAAUCACUAUUUUUCCGCUCAGAUUCUUAACUAGUAGUGCAAUUCUUUAGUUAUGACUCGGCUUAAAUGCGAAAGUAAAACAUUGUUUAGCAUCAGGUUUAGUUGGCUCUUGUCCGCCAUCUUGAAUCGUUCCCAAGUGCACUGCACGUUACUGGCUUAUGGCUUCCAGUAGCAAAAAAAAACAUAUGACCACAAAAAAUUGAAAACAUUUAGGGGGUGGGUUGCCAUGAAUUUUCACAGAUGGGCAUGAUCUCUGGCCGCGGGAAUGGAAAACUGUUUUCCAUGUGAUUGAAAUCCUAGGGCUUGUAUGGAAAUAACUUAAUUGCAAAAAACUGAAAAAGACAAAAAGUCAAAAAGUUCUGCUAACAUUUUAAAUGGCAUACUUUUAGAUUUCAUCCAGAAUUUCAGACGUUAGAGCUAAAUGUUUCGACGAGUUGUCGCAAUGUUUGUUUUCUCUGUCAGUGAGAAUUAAACUAGUAGGUUUCGCACUGGAGAAUUUUUUUGCCAGUAGGCAGGGGUCCCAGGGGAGAAUUUGUAGAUGUGUGUCUUAUUGCUAGUUCCUGGGGUCCCUCCAGAGUUUCUCCUUAUAUGGCAAUUUAAAAAUCUACAAUAAAAUUUAGCUUUACAUUAUAGUAUAAUCGAACUCUGUGCAUGGGACAUUUGAUUCUGAACUUAGGGGAUGGUAUUGACUUCAAUACUGUGAUGAUAGCGUUAUGUUCAGUUUUCAGUUCUCCGUGAUAAUCUUUUAUACCCAUAGAUCAGCAUCUUUUUAGUAUCACUGGUGUAUUAGACCUAAAGGUAAUGAGAAUAAAGAAAAUGAUCACCAAAGAUA